GUCUGAACAUGCCCCUAGUCAAAAGAAAAAAGUUAGAUAAACUUUGAGAUCAUUCCAUCUCACUCUCUCAAUACAUUCCAUGGGCCAGCCCAUGCGCAUUCAUCGCUUUGUACGCUAGUGGUAUGGAGUUGGUGCGUGCGUGCACCAGUCAAGCCCUGGUCCUCUCUCGGUCGUCGUCGUCUUCUUCUUCUUCUUAUUCCCCUUCCUCCACAGCACGGCACGCGCACACGCUGAGUCCAGGAUCAUGGCGGCGGGCCUCAAGGUCCCCGAGAUGGCGCUCAGGCUCUGCGUCGUCCCGCUCUCCUUGGCCUCCCUGUGGGAGAUGGCCACCAACGCGCAGGCAGACGACACCUACGGGGAGGUCAAGUUCUCCGAUCUCUCCGGAUUCAGGCGUCGGCAUACCUGCUGGUGACGUCGGCCUCGGCGGCGGCGGAGCUGCUGCAGCUGGCGCGGCACGGCGACCGGGGCGUGUCGUGGGGCGAGGCGUGCUCCUACUUCGGCCGGUUCUGCGGGAAGGCCACGGUGUCGCUGGCGCUGCACGCCGCCGCGCUGGCCUGCUUCGCCGCGCUCUCACUCGUCUCCGCCUUCAGGGUGUUCAGCAGCAGGUGCCACCCGCCGCCUGACGCUGACGGCCAGCCGCCCAAGCACGCACGGGACGAGGAGCAACGGGUGUAGCACUACUGACGGCAAGGCGUGUCUCCAUUCCAUUGCCAAACAAAUAACAUCCUGCUCCCCUGUGUAUUACUACUGCCGUCUACCAAGGCCAUCGGUGAUCUUUCCACAGGCCCAACCCACAUCUAUAAUCUAUUAGGGCUUGUUCGGUUAUUCCUAUCCCAUAUGGAUUGGAUGGGAUUGGAAAAAAUUGUGAACGAUUUUGACUUGUUUGGGAUUGAAACCCAUCCAAUCCCACCCAAUCCACAUGGAUUGAGAGCAAAACGAACAAGCCCUUAGUCGUCUUCAAACCAUUAGUAAAGUAACUAAUCUUCAAACCAGAUA